UUAGUGGGGAGAAAUGUGAAGAGAGGAGGAAUACAAUUCCUCAUAUUAUUUGUACAGCUACGUUAAGAAGCUGAGACGAAUGUGAGAAUUCAACUAUCAACCUCACUUGUCAAACAAAGCCCUGUCUCCUCCUUCCUGUUUCUCUUUCUCUUCUUCUACCAUAAUACGGAUUUCUUCACCAAAUUGGGUUGCUAAGGUUUGUUUGAUCUCAUUUCUAUGAUCUGGGUCUGUUUUUGUUUUCCGCUGUUUGAGCUUGAAAUGCAGUUUUCAGUGUCUUCGAUCCGUUGUUUCUUUGAGUUUUGAUUUAUCAGAUCAUAGUUCACAAGGAUCGCUUUUGGUGCUGUAUCUUGAACCAAAUUCUUGUUGACUCUGCACCAAGUUUGGAAGAUGGCAUCGGGUCAAUGGUCCAUUGAGAAGAGAUCUAGUUUUAGGAAUGACUCGUUUGCAAGGGAGUAUGUGACUGUGCCUGAAACUGGGUGUCUGUCAAUUGUUGUGCUUGGUGCCUCUGGUGAUCUAGCCAAGAAGAAAACUUUUCCUGCUCUCUACAAUCUCUAUCGCCAGGGAUUUUUGCAACCAGAUGAGGUACACAUUUUUGGCUAUGCAAGGUCUAAGAUUUCAGAUGAUGAGCUGAGAAAGCGCAUUCGGGGAUACCUCCUCAAUGAUAAAAAUGCUUCACCAGAACAAUCAGAAGAUGUAUCAAAGUUUUUACAACUGAUUAAAUAUGUUAAUGGUUCAUAUGAUACCGAGGAAGGCUUUCAGCUAUUGGACAAGGAAAUUUCAGAGCAUGAAAUCUCAAAAAAUAGUCAAGAAGGAUCAUCUCGGAGGCUCUUUUAUUUUGCACUUCCACCAUCAGUAUAUCCAUCUGUCUGCAGGAUGAUCAAAAAAUGUUGCAUGAAUAAAUCUGAUCUUGGUGGAUGGACUCGGAUUGUUGUUGAGAAGCCAUUUGGUAAAGAUUUAGAUUCUGCAGAGGAACUCAGUGCCCAGAUUGGAGAGUUGUUUGAUGAACCACAAAUUUACCGUAUUGAUCACUAUUUGGGAAAGGAAUUGGUGCAGAACAUGCUGGUACUCCGUUUUGCAAAUCGCUUCUUUUUGCCCCUAUGGAAUCGUGACAACAUUGCUAAUGUACAGAUUGUGUUUAGGGAGGAUUUUGGAACUGAAGGUCGUGGUGGAUAUUUCGAUGAAUAUGGAAUUAUUCGCGAUAUUAUCCAAAAUCAUCUCUUGCAAGUUCUUUGUCUUGUUGCAAUGGAGAAGCCUGUCUCACUCAAACCUGAGCACAUCCGUGAUGAGAAAGUGAAGGUUCUUCAAUCAGUACUUCCAAUCAAGGAUGAAGAGGUUGUCCUUGGACAAUAUGAAGGUUACAGAGAUGAUCCAACAGUUCCUGACCACUCAAACACCCCAACAUUUGCAACUGUUAUUCUUCGGAUACAUAAUGAAAGAUGGGAAGGUGUCCCAUUUAUAUUAAAGGCAGGGAAAGCAUUAAAUUCAAGAAAGGCAGAGAUACGUGUUCAGUUGAAGGAUGUUCCUGGCGAUAUAUUCAGAUGUAAAAAGCAAGGGAGAAAUGAAUUUGUUAUUCGCCUGCAACCUUCUGAAGCCAUUUACAUGAAGCUAACAGUCAAGCAACCUGGCCUUGAGAUGCAAACAGUACAAAGUGAACUGGACUUGUCAUACGGGCAACGUUAUCAAGGAGUUACCAUCCCAGAGGCUUAUGAACGUCUUAUUCUUGAUACGAUAAGAGGUGAUCAACAGCAUUUUGUUCGCAGGGACGAGUUGAAGGCUGCAUGGGAAAUUUUCACACCUCUUCUUCAUAGAAUCGACAAUGGUGAAUACACACCAAUUCCAUAUCAACCAGGCAGCCGGGGUCCUGCAGAAGCAGACGAGCUGCUUUCUAACGCUGGUUAUAUCCAAACACAUGGAUACAUAUGGAUUCCUCCCUCCUUGUAGAAAUGUAGAAUGCAUAGAAGUAUUUCAAAAGUUUCCUCAAAGCUUGAAGAUGGUACAUCAAUAAUGUCUACCCACGUUACCCAUCCCUUCCUUUUAAGGGCUUGCCUAGCUUAAGUGCAUAUGCCCUAUGUACUGUAUUUCAAAAGUAUGUUUACCCUAGGAGGCUUUGUUCCUUACUUCCACGGUCUGGUUUGCAGUAUGAACCCCUGAAUAUAUGCGGUUUGCGAGAGCAUGUUUAAUAAAUAAUGAUACUGUUA